AUGUCUUCUAUACUAUGUUGUUCCAUUGCAAUGUGUGUUGCAAUUUUCCUCCACCUAUGUUCCUGUGCAGUGUUACACCCUAAUAAGAUCAAUCAUUUACCAGGUCAACCUCAUGUUGAGUUUAACCAGUUUUCAGGUUAUGUUAAUGUUGAUAACAGAAACAAAAAAUCACUCUUUUUCUACUUUGUUGAAGCUCAGAAUUAUGCUGCUUCUAAACCUCUUGUUCUCUGGCUCAAUGGAGGGCCUGGUUGUUCUUCUCUUGGUGUUGGUGCAUUUUCGGAAAAUGGUCCUUUUAGGCCUAAAGGACAGGCUUUGGUUAGGAACCAAUUCAGCUGGAAUACAGAAGCAAAUAUGUUGUACUUGGAAUCACCAAUUGGAGUAGGAUUUUCUUAUUCAAAUGAUACUUCAUCUUAUGAAGGUGUAAAUGACAAGAUUACAGCCAGGGAUAAUCUAAUCUUCUUGCAAAACUGGUUUGUAAAGUUUCCAGAAUACAGAAACAGAAGUUUGUUCAUUGUAGGAGAGAGCUAUGCUGGUCAUUAUGUUCCUCAACUGGCUGAACUUAUGCUUCAAUUCAACAAAAAGGAGAAGCUGUUCAAUUUAAAAGGCAUCGCUCUUGGCAAUCCAGUACUAGAAUACGCAACAGAUUUUAAUUCAAGAGCCGAGUUCUUUUGGUCACAUGGAUUGAUAUCAGACUCAACAUUCAAAAUGUUCACUUCUGUUUGUAACUACUCAAGAUAUGUGAGAGAGUACUAUAACGGCGCAGUUUCUCCUCUUUGUUCGAGUGUGAUGAGUCGAGUUACUACAGAAACAAGUAGAUUUGUCGACAAGUAUGAUGUUACACUCGACGUUUGUAUAUCUUCUGUGUUUUCACAAACCAAAGUCCUCAAUCCCGAGCAAGGGACAGAAACAAUUGAUGUAUGUGUGGAAGACGAAACGCUCAACUAUCUUAACAGAAAAGACGUUCAAUCGGCUUUACAGGCGCGUCUAGUCGGGACACAAAGAUGGUCUCCUUGUAGCAAUGUCUUGGAUUAUGAAUUGCACGACUUGGAGAUCCCGACGAUCACUGUCGUAGGCAAGCUAGUCAAGGCAGGAAUACCAGUAUUGGUCUAUAGUGGUGAUCAGGAUUCGGUCAUUCCAUUGAUUGGAAGUAGAACUUUAGUAGAUCGAUUGGCGAAAACACUGAGAAUCAAUACCACUGUGCCAUACCGGGUGUGGUUUGAAAGGCAGCAGGUUGGUGGUUGGACUCAGGUUUAUGGUAACAUACUAUCAUUUGCAACAGUCAGAGGAGCAUCACAUGAAGCACCCUUUUCACAACCUGAGAGAUCACUUGUGUUGUUCAAGUCCUUCUUGGAAGGAAAACCUCUACCAGAAGAAUUUUGA